UGGUGCGCGUGUCGAAGGUCACGGCGCGCUCACAAUGGAGCUUUCGGAGUAUGUGCAGAAAGGCUUCCAGAUGCUGGCGGAUCCUGGCUCCUUCGACUCCAACGCCUUCACGCUUCUCCUCCGGGCGGCUUUCCAGAGCCUGCUGGACGCCCAGGCGGACGAGGCCGUGUUAGAUCACCCAGACUUGAAACAUAUCGAUCCUGUGGUUUUAAAACAUUGUCACACAGCAGCUGCAACUUACAUACUGGAGGCAGGAAAGCAAAGAGCUGACAAAUCAACUCUAAGCACUUAUCUAGAAGACUGUAAAUUUGAUAGAGAGCGAAUAGAACUGUUUUGCACGGAAUAUCAGAAUAAUAAGAAUUCCCUAGAAAGCCUACUGGGAAGUAUAGGCAGAUCUCUCCCCCAUAUAACUGAUGUUUCUUGGCGUUUGGAAUAUCAGAUAAAGACCAAUCAACUUCAUAAGAUGUACAGACCGGCAUAUUUGGUGACCUUAAAUGUAGAGAACACUGAUUCCCGAUCUCACCCAGAGAUUAGUUUUAGUUGCAACAUGGAACAAUUACAGGAUUUAAUGGGAAAGGUCUUCAAAAGCAGUAUUUAAAGUAGGCUUCACUUUUGAAAUUAAGAUGUUACUCAUAAAGAAUUGGUUUUAUAUUUGCUGUUCCCUCUGAUUAAGAUAAAUUUCUGAAUUGUAGUAUUGAGUGUAAAUUUCUUCCAUUUGUGGUUAGUUUGCUCCAAUAAGACAAAGCAAAAUUGAGAACAUGUCUUUGAAAAUGUCUUCUUUGUUUUCGGAAAUUCAACUAAACUUUCAAACAGGAUUUUCAAUAAUUUUUAAGUCACUUUAUAAAGGAGGAAGUACAUAAAAUUCUAAAACUCUUUGUAUUGCCAGUAUAAGACUGGAAAAAUUCAAAACUACAUUGGCUAAUGGACAAUGAUAACGAAUUUAUUUCUUACCGCUUAAAAAAAUGAAGAGCAUUACUUGAAAUUUUGAUGAAUUUUGAAUUUUUCAAAAGGCAUCUCCUGUGGAAUUGUUUUAAUGUAAUCAUUAAUCAAACUUUAAACUUUCAGAAAGUGUGAAUACAGCAUAGAUUUUGUUAGGUAUCUUGAGAAAUUUAGUUUUGACAUACCUUGCCUGUUACGAGGAUUCGGUUAGAAAUUAUAUUUCAGCUUCUGAGGGCAAGUAUCCCACUUGAAAUGAGAUAUUUCAGAGGAAAAUCUUCUUUUGAUCGAUAGUGGUUUGUCAAAGGUUAAAAAUCCUCGUGAAUGUUAAACUCGUUUAGAAAGUGCCCCGACUUUUUUCUUGCACCUUUCUCAAUCUUGGGUACUUCUGUCUUGUGUUUUGUCCUAAAAACGUGGCAUUAUAAACAUC